GCGAUCAAUUUUGAACCUUACUCCAAAACAUAUCAAACCAAUUGUUGAAGUAAAGAGGCUCACGUGGAAUAGAUAACCCUUAGACGUAUUUGGAAGCUUAUCUCAGUGCACAUCUGUCACGCAUCUUGACUGAAAACGAUCGGGUAACCAGCUACAGGCUCACGCUCCCCGUACGCUCACACAGAGACUCUACGUGACACUGUCUGGAGUUCAGCCCGUGUGAAAUGCAUCAGCGUGGCUCUUUCGUCUCUCCGUUGCUCAGCGGAGUUUUCUGCCAGUGCCGCUCGGAGGAGUAUCAGGGCUCGGAUCCCGGAGGUGGUGGCCAGACUGUGGGCUCCACACUGGCUGCAACAUCGCUCUCAGACCACGGAUAUGAUGAGUCCUGCGACUCCCCGCAUCAUUGCCCGUGUCCGGUGUGCGGGGGACCCGAGCAGGAGCACCGACUCAAGGUGCUCUUCCAGAUCCUGGAUGUCAACAGAGACGGAGGAAUCUGUGUAAACGACCUGACCAUCGGACUGAAAAAGCUGGGCGUCCAUCGCACUGAACAUGAACUUAUGAAAAUCGUCAAGGCUGGAGACAAAGACUUGGAUGGCCAGUUGGACUUUGAGGAGUUUGUGCACUACCUGAGGGACCAUGAGAAGAAACUGAGGCUGGUCUUCAAGAGUCUUGACAGAAAGAACGAUGGUCGCAUAGACUCACAGGAGAUCAUGCAGUCACUAAGAGACCUUGGGGUUCAUAUAUCUGAGGAACAGGCUGAAAAGAUCCUCAAGAGAAUAAGGAGGGGUAAUAUAUGUGCCCCUAUAAUGUAUAUGGAUAAAAACGGUACGAUGACGAUUGACUGGAAUGAGUGGAGAGAUUACCACCUGCUUCACCCUGCUGAGAACAUUCCUGAAAUCAUCCUCUACUGGAAACACUCCACGAUAUUUGAUGUAGGGGAAAGUAUGAUAGUCCCUGAUGAGUUUACAGCAGAGGAGAAGAAAACGGGCAUGUUGUGGCGACACCUGGUAGCAGGAGGUGGAGCAGGUGCUGUGUCCCGUACCUGUACUGCACCUCUGGACCGCCUAAAAGUUCUCAUGCAGGUUCACGCGACCCGCAGCAACUCCAUGGGUAUCGCCGGAGGAUUCUCCCAAAUGAUCCGUGAGGGUGGAAUCCGGUCACUGUGGCGAGGGAACGGUAUCAACGUUUUGAAGAUUGCACCUGAGUCUGCUAUCAAAUUCAUGGCAUAUGAGCAGAUCAAGCGGCUGAUUGGCAGUAAUCAGGAGACGUUGGGGAUCCUGGAGAGGCUGGUUGCUGGGUCUCUAGCAGGAGCAAUUGCCCAGAGCAGCAUCUACCCCAUGGAGGUUUUAAAGACUCGUCUUGCCCUGGGAAGGACGGGUCAGUACUCUGGUAUCGCGGACUGUGCUAAAUAUAUAUUUAGGAAGGAGGGUCUCACAGCCUUCUACAAGGGUUAUGUUCCCAAUAUGCUGGGUAUCAUUCCUUAUGCUGGAAUAGACCUGGCUGUUUAUGAGACACUAAAGAACUCGUGGCUGCAGAGGUUUGCUACGGACAGUGUCAAUCCGGGUGUGUUUGUGCUGCUAGCCUGUGGUACAAUGUCUAGCACUUGUGGACAGUUAGCAAGCUACCCAUUAGCCUUAGUGAGGACACGUAUGCAGGGUCAAGCGGCUUCUCAGGAAUGCAGCCCUCAGAUGACCAUGACUGGUCUCUUCAGACACAUUGUACGGACAGAGGGUGCAAUUGGACUCUAUAGAGGCUUGGCGCCCAACUUUAUGAAGGUCAUCCCUGCUGUUAGCAUCAGCUACGUGGUUUAUGAGAACCUAAAGAUCACCCUUGGCGUCCAAUCCCGGUGAGGGGAAGCCAAAGACUGUUAAAUCCUUAAUGGCUUUUGUUUUUCCUCUCAACUUUUCUUUUGGACCAGUGAAAGAGAUCGUCCAAGAGGGCCGGAUUGCACUCAAGGGGAAGUGUAGAAACACUUGGCCAAGAAAGAGCUUGCAUGAUGGGAAGAAGAAACCUUUGCGUCAAAGACCUAACGUUUGAAUUUGAUCUGUGAAUGUAAGAGUGAGUAACUGGAAUGUACAGUAUUAGAACAGGGCAAAAAAAAAAUACAAUCCUAGCUGCAAGUAAAAUGUGAGCACCUCAAAAUGGCAUCUGUAUUGGAUCCCAACACUCCCUUAUUCCAAUCCUGAGGUCAUGUGAGGUCACCAGGUUGUGGUAGUUAUAUUUUAGCAGGGACCAAGAAUUUGCAAGAUAUGCUUUUUGGAAAGGAAGGGCCAGACACCUGAUGGAUUCAAAGAGCCAGAUUUACUAAAGCAUUUAGUAUAUGCAACUUUUCUCUAAGAAAAUAAAUAACACUUCAUCCAUUAAUUUAUUCAUUUAAACUGCACAACUGGAAUUGAAUGUGCUAAAGGCUUUGGCAGAUAUGAUGCUAGUAAUCCUGACGCAGCCCUUUCAGAUCACUGACUCGUUCUUCCACUGGAUGGCAGUGUUCUGUAAUAAAGGGCUGG